AUGGCUUUAGUCCUCCCAGAAAGAGGUUGUUUAGUUGCUUGCGAAAAAGACGCAACAUCUCUUGAUGUAGCAAAAAGGUAUUAUGAGCGAGCUGGUGUUUCACACAAGGUGGACGUGAGACAUGGACUAGCAGCAGAUACUUUAAGAUCUAUGAUUCAAAAUGGGGAAGCUUGCAGAUAUGAUUUUGCAUUUGUUGAUGCUGAGAAGAGAAUGUAUCAGCAAUACUUUGAAUUGCUCCUACAAUUGGUGAGGGUUGGAGGUGUGAUUGUGCUGGAUAAUGUGCUCUGGCAUGGAAAAGUUGCGGAUCCACUGGGCAAAAGCAAUUGA